GCCUCUCGCUUGCACUACUGACAUUGCAAACGGCAUUGAUUUGGGGUCAGAAGAAUGCACGCUACAGUGCGUCCACAGGUUGCUGACGCUGAACGAGGACUCUGUACCAGCACCCAGCGCCAGCCGCCGAGCAGCACAACCGCACAAUGUCAAGGCGCUUUUCCGGAAAGCAGACCGAAGACGUCUUCCCGGCGCUCCACCACUUCAGCUACAGCCUAUCAGCAUGCCGAACGGAGAGUUGGGUAAAAUGACGCCAGACAUCACCGUAAUACACUGCGCGCCGGACGUCGCCAACGGAAAGACACCGCCACCAAUGGGCGAGAAAACUCCUGUCGAACCAUGUUGCCUGGCCGCCGUUAAGGGCGUGAUGGCGGCGUUCCGGCGGCACCCCGAGACGGGCUCGGUGUUCGGCAAGCUGUCGGCGCGCCGCAUGCUGGUCGUGUUCUGCGCCGAGCUGCUCGGCACCGCGCUGCUCAUGUUCGUGGGCUGCAUGGGCGGCGUCUACGGACUCGACGGCACCUCCCAGAAGCCGCCCGGCCUCCAGGGCCCGCUCGUCUUCGGCAUGACCGUCGCCACGGUCAUACAGAUCGUGGGACACAUAUCGGUGGCGCACCUGAACCCUUCGGUGACGCUGUGUGCGGUGCUGCGCGGCGACUUGAACGUUGCUGCCGCCCUGGUGUACCUGGUGGCUGAGGGCGUGGGCGCCGUGCUGGGCUUCGGCCUGCUGCUGGUGGCGACGCCGGCCAGCGUGGUGUGCGAGUGCACGACGGUCCCCGCGGCGCCGCUGACGCCGCUGCAGGCGCUGCUGGUGGAGGCCGUCGCGACGGCCGUGCUGGUGCUGCUCUGCAUGGGCCUCUGGGACGGCCGCAACAGCCGCAACACGGACUCCUCGCCGCUCAAGUUCGGCUUCUACAUCACCAUCAUCUCACUCGCUGCGGGCCCUUACACUGGAGCCAGCAUGAACCCAGUGAGGACACUGGCUCCAGCGCUCUGGAAGAACGUCUGGACGGACCACUGGAUCUACUGGGUGGGUCCUCUGUCGGGUUCGGCGGUGGCGACCCUGCUGUACCAGCUGGUGUUCGAGGAGCGGCCGUCUGAGGUGGCCUCCAAGAAUAGCGACAACAGCGUCGGCUGCUGCGCCGGAGGUAGCACAGAGGCGGACGACUCUGUGGUGACUGAGAGCCACAGGUUCUAGCAGCGGGCGCGCCUCUUCACUGUUCUCAGACCAGACCUGGGAGCCACAUCGUCGGCUGCACAGCGAUCACGAACUGUACAGAACCUGCAAGCCCUUAGUCUGUUCUUUCCUCACUGUGCAGGGGUCGAUGAGAACUGAAAGGCCAAGAACCUAACCUCGAGGGAAGCGAGAUCAUCGUACCUGAAAUCACAAAAGCCUUGUGAAAGAUAACAUUCAUGUACUGCAGAAACUCGUCGCAAAUGGAUACUUCAUGGCAGUACCCUUUCGAGCUGUAGUUGCAUAAUGGCAAUGGAUCACUCAGACACUGCUUCCUCUCAGUUAUCAUUCCUGCCCUCUAAAUGUGCCAAUAGCUGCUCUCUAAGCUCAACAGAGCUCUAAGAAUACAGGAAAUUAUUGAAAUCAUGCUUGACUUGUUAGUAUUAAGAGCUUCAAGGCUCAAGACCGAUAUCCACUGUGCCGUUAAUGUGAGAUACGAGAUAAAAUACUUGCAAAUAUUAGAUAAUAAAGGUUUGGAUUAUGUUUUUAGGACUUUAAACUUAAUCUAAUUGUUUGAACCUAUUUACUUUCGUUUUACAACGACGUACUAUUUUAAGAAAUGUCGAGAAAGAAUUAUUACUCCGCAGUUGAGUGUGCACCGUUUUCAAAUUUCCUGGCAGAUUUAAAGAGUGUACCAGAGUGAGACUCUAAAUCGAAACCGUGUCUCGUGUGAGCGAUGCUGUUACUGACUGAACUUUACAGCCACUGCUCCAUCUCGUGAGUCAUAUCUGUAUAACAGUCGG